UCUCUACUUCUGUCUCUUUUGUUAUCUCUAAACAUUCGUUGGUGAUAAAAAGAAAAAAAUGGCGAUGAGGUUUUCAUCAGUUACUAAUCUCGUGCUUCUCUCUGCAGCUAUGUUGCUUUUGGUCCACGCAAGUGCUCGCAGUCUGCAGCAAACUCAGACUCUGCCUCUCCAUGGAGGAGCUACUUCUCCUACCAAAUCUGAGUCUGCUACCGUUGAUGACCCUCUUGACGACCAGAAGAACUUCAUGUACGCUGGAGGAAUAGGCGGUGCUGCCGGAGUUGGCGGAUUCUUUGGAAUGCCAGGUGGUGGAAGUGGUGGUGGCACUGGCGUGUCAUUGCCUCUCCCGUCUGGGACGCCGCCGCUUCUUGGUGGGGGUGGUGCUUUUGGUGGUUUGGGUGGUGCAAUGGGUUUCCCUGGUGGACUCGGUGGUGGAGCUAGUGGUGGUGGUGUUCCUAGCUCAAGCGGUGGUUCUCCUUAAGACAGAUUAAGAUGAUUGGUCCUGAUGACUCCUGUUGUAGCUCCAACAUGUUUAGGGAGUAACGUUGUGUUUGAAUUACGAUCUGUGUGUUUGUCUCUUUCUUUUUGGUUGUCUUUUUCAUCAUCAGUUUAAUGUUUGUGUUUGUGUUUC